AUGAUGACGAAGGUUACGACGACGAAGACUACGAUGGUGAGGACGAAGAAGACGUACGACGAACCAGAGAACGAAAAGCCCUCAGGGUACGAGCCAGCCAAGUCUUACGACGACUACGAUGGAUACCCUCCCAAUCUCUACUCGAACGACUACAGCGAGUACAGUCCGUCCGACAGCUAUGUCACUGAAGUCCACCACGCCGAAGAACCGUACCCGACGAUUGUCCUCGACGACGAGCCAGCGUUGCGCUUGCCGCACUUGAGUCAAUACCACUGCUUCCUCAACGGAGCGCCGUGGACCAACUGCGGUGGGAAACCCCUUCGCGAGUUCUUCUUAGACCAGUGCUUGACCUUGUUCUACCGCGCCUCUGCCUCGGUGGACGCAUUAUGUGCGGGUCCCGCCAAGACGCAACCCCCACGCACGACGACUGUCGCUCCUACCACUACCACGGCGGCACCAACCACCACCGUUCCUGUGGACCACGGCUACGGCUACUCGGACGGCUACGGCUACUCGGACGGCUACGGCAACAGCGGCUACGGAGGUGUGGCCACGACGACCACCCAAGCGCCGCGAACGCGACGACCACGCACGCCUCGGCCCACCACGUAUGCGACGCCUCGCCCCACGACCUACGAAACGACCAAGGCACCGUAUGUGCCCCCUGCCAAGUACUGCGACGCGUACUACGAAGAGCGAUGCCUUCAAACGAGCUACGCGUCCAUCACGACCGCGACUGUGCAGUGCUUGACGGAAAACUCGAUCCGCGUCCUGUUCAUCGAAAAGUAUGCAGGCGACGCGGCCACAAACCCCGUGGAAGGCCCGAUCUUGUACUUGAAGAAACUGCACCAGUUCGUGUCGAACGUGAUCGCGUGCAACCCGGACAAGGUGGCCAACUACCCCACGAUCUGGCGGCAGUCGACGAGCCAACUGGGCGUCAAGUACUGGCCCACGGCGCCGUUCACGGUCGGCAAGCACAACCGCAUCGACAUCCCUCGCUGCACCAGUCGCGAGGCAUCCGGCUGGGACACGUACACGAUCAACGGUCGUUUCCACUGCGCGCAGCAAGAAGCUCUCAUCGGGAACGGAAGCCCGCCCAUCUCGAGCCCCACCGCGUGGACGUACGACUACGACUACACGGACCGAUUCUACACGUGGGACGUCGCCAACCGCGUGCAAGGCAGCGCCAUCGGAGCGUACACUGGGGUACAGCCUUUGCUCAAGCAAUGCGAGGUCGUCCACGGCGCCACCGAGGACGACGCCGGGCCGCAAUUCUCCAACCCAGACACCCUCCGAGGCCUCUUGGAUGGCGUGCGGACAUGGGACACCGCGACCCACUCGAACGUACGUCCCCAAGCAGCCGAUCCUCGAGGGCAACGGCAUUUUGUACUUUUGCUCGUUCUACGCGUGCCGGGCCAACAACCAGGGCGACCUGUCGUCGUGCUUCCCGGAGGUGCACAACUCGGACUGGGCCCUGCCGCACCACAAGGUUGA